GGACCCCGAAGAGUUCUUACUUCCCGAUGUGCACCCCCUUUGGAAGGGCCCAGCCUCCAUGACAGGGGGCUCCCGGCAGUCUCCCAUCAACAUCCGCUGGAGGGACAGUGUCUACGACGCCGGGCUGCAGCCCCUCCGGGUCUCCUACGAUGCUGCGUCCUGCCUCUACGUCUGGAACACCGGCUACCUCUUCCAGGUGGAAUUUGACGAUGCCACCGAGGGGUCAGGAAUUAGUGGUGGCCCCUUGGAAAACCACUACCGACUGAAGCAGUUCCACUUCCACUGGGGAGCAGUGAACGAGUGGGGCUCAGAGCACACGGUGGACGACCACGUGUACCCAGCAGAGCUGCACUUAGUUCACUGGAAUUCUGUGAAAUACAAAAACUACAAAGAAGCUGUGAUGGGAGAGAAUGGCCUGGCUGUGAUAGGCGUAUUUUUAAAGCUGGGGGCCCUCCAUGAGGCACUGCAGAAGUUGGUGGAAGUCUUGCCAGAAAUAAAAUAUAAGGAUGCACGGGUGGCCAUGGGCCCCUUUGAGCCUUCCUGCCUGCUGCCCACCUGCCGGGAUUACUGGACCUACCCGGGCUCCCUCACCACUCCUCCACUAACCGAGUCUGUCACCUGGAUCAUCCAGAAGAAGCCCAUCGAAGUGGCUGCGAGCCAGCUGGCCGCCUUUCGCAGGCUCCUGUUUACCGCCCUCGGUGAGGAAGAGAAGGCCAUGAUGAACAAUUACCGCCCGCUUCAACCCCUGAUGAACCGGGAGAUCCGUUCAUCCUUCCAGGCCGCCGAAGGGGACACCAGAUCCUAAAUGCAUUACGUCCACAGCAAUGGGCAGAACUGACUUUAAGAAGAGGAAGUAUUGUUUCCCAAGUUUCGUGGUCUGAUCAUAUGUAACCUCUGAAAUUAAAGAGAGAGACAGAGA